AUGCCUCUCAGAUUCAAGUCGCCAGAGAGAUCUCCACCCCGACGACCUACAUGGAUUCGCCAAACAUCCUCGAGCUCUCCAAUUCCGUCAGCCGACUACACCAUCCAACAUCACUACCACAAGGCACUUGACGGAUAUGAACCCACAGCUCUGCUUUCUAUGGACUCCCUCGCCGCAGAGCUAGGUCUCGGUGGGAUCUACAUCAAAGACGAAUCAUCACGUUUCGGCCUUCCUUCCUUCAAAGCUUCCGGGGCCUCAUGGGGUUGCUUCCGCGCCCUAAUCUCACACUUGUCUCUGGACUUCGCCACUGCCACCCUCGAGCAAGUGGCUUCUGCCGCCAAAGAUCGAGGGUGCAGACUGCUGGCUGCUACAGAUGGCAACCAUGGCAGGGCGGUCGCUUGGAUGGCUCGUUCCUUUGGUAUCCCAUCCUCAAUCUAUGUCCCUCACGAUUUGCACCCGAACUUCCUGCGGUUGAUUGCUGCGGAAGGUGCAGAAGUGGUUGUGGUUCAAGGAGACUAUGACUUUGCUGUCUCUACGGCUACCUCUGCCGCCGCUGCAUCGAAGAACAAUAUCCUCGUGCAAGACACAGCCUUUGAAGGUUACGAGGAUGUCCCAACUUGGAUCAUCGAUGGAUAUGCGACCAUAUUCACCGAAAUGGAGCAACAGUUGCGUGAGCUGAAUGCGCAACCAACACACAUCAUUACACCUGUUGGUGUAGGCUCUCUAGCCCAGGCUGUAAUCACAUACGCUAAAGGACAACGAGAUCUCAAGGUUGUAGCCGUGGAACCAGACACGGCGGCAUGUCUCCACGCUUCCCUCGUCGCUGGGAAGGCUACACCCAUUGUCACUUCCAACACGAUCAAUGCUGGCUGCAAUUGUGGAACCUUGAGUUCCGUCUCUUGGCCAUUUCUUCGAGACUACGUAAACCUGAGCACUACGGUUUCCGACUUUGAGACUCAUAUGGCAGUGCAAGAAAUGCAUCGUCAUAAUGUUAAUGCUGGCCCCUGCGGGGCUUCUGGACUUGCAGCGUUGAAGAGACUUGUCGCCGAGGGACAUGUCGCAAAAGGAUCUUCGGUGAUCUUGAUCAAUACCGAAGCUCAAAGACCUUACGAUGUGCCUCUUGAUGUCAGUGCCGACGACGUUGUGACCUUGACCAAACAACUUGUCCAGAUCGAUAGUUCAAAUCCUUCGCUGGACACGACAAACACUGCACGAGGAGAAGCCAAAGCUGCAGCAUUCAUCACGCAAUGGCUACACUAUCGUGGCAUUGAGACACACGUCGUCGAGUCAGUACCGGGUCGCCCUUCUGUGGUCGGAGUCGUUCGCGGCAGCGAUCCCGACGCCAAGUCUGUCAUGCUGAAUGGACACAUCGACACAGUAUCCUUAUCCACAUAUGGCUCGGAUCCUCUCAGCGGCAGCUUAGUCGAUGGCAAGAUCUAUGGCAGAGGUGUGCUAGACAUGAAAGCCGGAGUCGCAGCCGCCAUGACUACCCUCUUACAUUUUUCCAUCCACGGCAGCAAAGGCGAUGUCAUUUUCGCCGCUGUAGCAGACGAAGAAGACAAGAGUAUCGGUACUGCUGCCGUCCUCGCAGCAGGCUGGAAAGCAGACGCCGGACUGAUCCCCGAACCUACUUCUCUGCAACUAUUCCACGCACACAAAGGUUUCGUAUGGAUCCAAGUAACGAUACUCGGGAAUGCCGCACACGGGUCUGAUGCGCAAACAGGUGUGGAUGCCAUCAUGUCCACUGCCACGUUCAUGAAAGCAAUGGACAAGUACGCCGAGACGCUCGACUCGGACGACGUGCUGGGACAAGCGACAAUGCACUGCGGAACCAUCAGAGGCGGGGAGGAAAACAGCAGUUAUGCCGCUUCGUGCACGCUGACCCUCGAGUUCCGUACUGUGAACGACAGCAGUACUUCUCAGUCAUCUGCUGCCAUUGUCAAGGACAUUACCAACAUACUUGAGAAGCUUGCGGCUUCGGACAAAAGGUUCAAGUUUGAAGUACCCGAGGUGCUGUUCGAGCGUAGACCUUUACUGCCAAUGGCGGUGACGCAUCCUUUGCUCGUCGCAGCAAGCAACGCAAUUGCCGAUGUGCAAGGAGGCAGAGUGGUCCAGCCUACAGCGGCCAAGUUCUGGACCGAUGCCGCAUUGCUGAGUGAGGCUGGAAUUCCUUCUUUGAUGUUUGGACCUGAAGGUGAAGGACUGCAUGGGAGAGACGAAUGGGCGGAUGUGCAGAGUAUCAAAGUCGUGGAGCAGGUGAUGAGGAAAAUCAUCGAGGGGUUCCAGGAAGGUUCAUAG